AACCAUCUCAACCACAGGUUGCUUCGCCGGAAUGCCCACUUGGAUCCUCCUCCUCGCACAAAAGAUAAAACGUAUACGUAUCAGAUUUCCUUGUGAGCGGAAAAACUGAAGAAAUACAUAGAACGUGACGGUAGUACGCCGACGUGCUACCGAUGGCAUCCAAGGACCAUGGAGGCGGCGCUCCUCGCGACGACGGAUCUGACGAUUGCGGCUGCGGGUCCUGGACGAUAGCUCUGCUCCUGUACACGUCCUUCUGGCUGGUCAUGAUGAUGUACCUGCCGCCGAUGGAUUCCUUGCCCGGGAUUCGCGAGCUCGACGGCUCGCCGCCAUGCAACGAGGACAAGCCGAUCACGUGCUCCGUGGAGCUAGCCGGCGCCAGGGGGCUGGAGCCGGCGCUGGCUCCGGGCGCGACCUCGCCGGCCUUCCACCUCGUCGUGCACGUCGACAACGGCCACGUCUACGAGCUGUGCCAUGGCGGCAGCGACGUCGUCGUCUCCUACGCGGGCGUACCCCUCGCGCGCGGGCGCACGCCGAGCUUCCGGCUGGCGGCGAAGGACACGGGGCGGUGGGCGGUGAACGUGACGGGCGCGGGGCUGGGGAUCCCGGCAGAUUUGUCUCGCCUCAUGACGGCGGAGCGGAGAUGGGGGGUGGCCCAGCUGGAGAUCGACAUGACCCUGGCCUGGCAGUCCUUCACGUGCGACGUUUUGGUCGACGGACAACCCGGCGUAUCACCGUGCACGCUAGCUUAAGACACGUUUUAGAGUGUAGAUUUAUUUAUUUUGCUUUUUAUGUACUUUUUUCAUUUCAAAAUAAGUGACUCAACUUUUUACUAACUUUAUAAAAUUAAUACAAAAUUGAGUCAUUUAUUUUAGGACCAAGAGAAUAGUUUAUAUUGAAAUUUUUAGAAUGCUUCGUUUCUAAAUGUAAGUUUUUUUAGAGAUU